AUGGGUGUCGUAACUUGUGACGUCGAGAUAACUUCGUCUGUCCCUGCAGCUAGAAUGUUCGAGGCCCUUGUCCUCGACUCGGACAACCUCAUACCCAAGAUCAUGCCUCGGGUUAUUGAAAGUGUCGAAACCCUCGAGGGUGAUGGAGGGGUUGGAACCGUCAAGCUCGUUAAUUUUGGCGAGGACAGCCAGUUUAAGAGCGUGAAGUACCAUGUGGAUGCUCUUGACAGAGAAAAUUUCACACAUAGUUACAGCAUUUUUGAAGGGGAUGUUCUGAUGGAAAUUUUUGAAUCAAUCACUUACAAAAUUGAAAUUUUAGCUAAUGCUGACGGAGGAUGCAUAUGUAAGAGCAGAAGCAUUUACAACACCAAGGGUGAUGUUCAGAUCACUGAGGAGAAAAUUAAGGAAGGUAAAGAGAAGACCAUGUCAAUGCUCCAGGCCAUCGAGGCCUACCUUCGAGCUAAUCCAGAUGCCUAA